CAAUUUGAAUAGGUAAUUCUUAUUUAGAAAAAAUAAUGUGGGAUCUAACAAGGCAGCAACAGCAUGCAAAGUAGGUGAAUAAAUGAAUAAAGCAUCCAAAUUCAAGUCAUAUGCUCUCAGAGUUGGACAAUAAAAUGAACCAAUCUUCAAUGAUCAAUUUUGGGAUGGAUUAGAUAUUGCAAUCAAUGCAGUUGACAAUGUUCAUGCUAGAAAAUAUAUUGAUAAUCAAUGUUGCUAUUAUGGUAAGCCAUUAUUUGAAAGUGGAACUCUUGGUACUAAAUGCAAUUCCCAAUUGAUUCUCCCAAAUAAAACACAAUCUUACAGUGAAUCAUAGGAUCCACCUGAGGAAUCUAUUCCUUUAUGCACAUUGAAGAACUUCCCCUAUUAAAUUGAGCAUACCAUCUAAUGGGCCAGAGAUUACUUUGCAGGAUUCUUUGAAGAUGGAUCUCAAGAUUGCAUCAAAUAUCUAGAGAAUCCAGAAAAUUAUCUUAAGAGAAUUUUGAAUGAACUUAAAACUCAACCAGGAGUGUUAAGACCAAAAUUAGAAUCAGUCAAGAAAUUUACUGAAGUUGCUAAGAAGCCUUCAUUACAUUCUAUUGUAACUUUGACUAAAAAUAUGUUCUAAGACAUUUUCUGCAAUUAAAUCAAAUAGUUACUUUACUGUUUCCCACCUGAUCACAGAACAUCAGAAGGUUAAUUGUUUUGGACCAAUCCUAAGAGACCACCAACACCAAUUGAAUUUGAUCAAAAUGAUCCUCUUCAUCAACUAUUCAUUCAUAGUGCUGUUAACAUUUUCUCAUAGAUAUUUGGUUUACCCAAACAAGACAAAUUCGAUGAGAUUGCUAAGAUCUUGCCAACCGUCUAAGUCUAAUAGUAUGUCCCAAAAUAAAUGCAAAUAAAAGAAAAUGAGAAAGAUCAAAAGGAAGAGAAAUCUGAAGAUGAUGAAACACAAAUCCAAGCCUUGACUCAAGAAUUAGAGAAGUUGACUCUUGAGAAUAAGGAAGUUACUAAGCAAUUGCAAGAAUGUGCAUUUGAAAAGGAUGAUCCAACUAACUGGCAUAUUGAAUUCUUAUCUGCAGUCUCCAAUUUGAGAGCCAGAAACUACAAGAUCCCAGAAGUACAACCAUUCCAAGUCAAAUUAAUUGCAGGCAAGAUCAUUCCUGCAUUGGCCACAACAACAGCUAUGAUUGUGGGAGCAGUCGGACUCGAAAUCUUUAAGUAUAUUCUCAAAAAGGAUGUCACCAAGAUGAGAAAUGCCUUCAUAAAUUUGGCAUUGCCACUUUUCUUGUUUUCAGAGCCAUUGCCACCUGGAGAACAUUUAGACUAAGAAUACAAUGUGCUCUUGUUGGGACCAACUAAAGCCAUUCCAGAAAAAUGGACUGCUUGGGACAGAAUCACAAUUAAUUAAUAGAUGACUCUAGGAUAAUUCUUAGACUUCUUCAAAGAAAAGUAUCAGGUGACUGUGUCUAGCAUCACUUUUGAUAAAUAUAUCAUCUAUAACAAUUUCCCAUAGCCACCAUAGGAGAAUUUCGAAAAAGAUCUAAGUGUAUUGUUUGUUUAAAAUGCAUUCCAGCAACUUCCUGCUCAUAGAAUCUAUCUAGAUUUCGGAGUUAGUGGAGAGUUAACAAUCAACGGAGUCGAAGUUAGUGCCGAUUUUGCCCCUGUUAAAUAUCAAUAUAAAAAAUGAGUUAUUCAAUAAAUAAUAAAAUUAAUAUUUAACAGACAUUUA